AUGGGAUUUGUCGGGUUUUUGACAUUUGGCUUUACUCAAGCAGUUUGUCCCGCUCCACCUUUCAGCGUCCAAGGUGGACAAGUCGGCCACGGUUACUUGAUCAUUCACGGCUGGGCUUACAUGCUUGCCGCUUGGUCCGGGCAUCCUGCCGUGCCCGGCUUGUUUAAUGCUUCGAGCAACGUGCUUUACUCCUCUGUCGAGGCUGGGGGCAUGGAUGCCUCGUUUCUCUUUCAAGACCCCGUGCCUCACUGCACGAAUGUAUUUUCACCUACUCCCGACGCUCCUCCCGUGUAUUUUCCUUGCCGUCUCUUCAAUCCGAAUCAAACCAUGCCACCCGAUCCAGCCACUUUGACCAAUACCACCGGUUGCCACUUGACGCCCACCGCUCGUUCUCUUUAUACCGAUUUCACCUUGCGUGGCGUCCCGAAAUCAACGGGAGGUUUUGAUAAAGCGGCACGCGUUUACUAUGACUGGGAUAAUAUCACCAAAACCGAUCAUUUAAUGGUAUACAAUGGAGAUGUAUUGAAUUUACGAUUAUUGGCAUCACUGCCUGGGAAUUUCUUUCGUGUAAGAGCCGGUGGAUUGGUCGAUUCGAUUAUGCGGAACAUGACGAUGUUUGGAGGUCAAGAUAUGACGCACGCCAUUGCGAGUUACAGGAAUAAAAGUGCUCAGUGGGUGGAAGAAGCGGAAUGUCUGGCUUCGACAAUCAAGGUCGGGUCCCUGGAUACCGUCAGUCUGGGAUGUAUGGCUUCCGAUAUCGUGCUCUAUCUUUCACUGGUAGUCAUUCUUGGGGUAAUUAUUACUAAGUUUCUACUCGCCGUCAUCUUUGGUUGGUUCCUUUCGUGGCAAUUGGGCAAUUUCAGAGAAGGUCAAUCGUACGCGGCGCGAAUGAAACGCGAAGCGGAAAUCGAACACUGGUCCAAAAACAUUCACACCAUGGGCCCCACCGCCAUCAAUUCGCCUCCGCCGAUAAAGCGCAAAAGCUUCUUUCCUCAAACUUCGCGAUACACACAACCGAUGCCUGGAUCCAUGCGAUUUGAUGCAGAGAAAUUACCACUGCCAACAUGGAAAUCCAACGCCAGGGCGGUGACUUCGCCUUUCACGGAACGGUCCAUGUCAUUUAACAAAUCGCUUUCUCCUUCCACCCCACGACCCAGCGGCGGAAUCCCAUCGUCGCGAUGCAUGUCGGUCGCUUCUUCUUCCGACAACUACAGCGGUGAAUCCCAUCAGGAUCCACACUGUCCUUUCCCCAUGUCGCCUCACGUACUUCGACAACCAGCCACCACCUAUAUGCCCUUCAAUUUUCCUCUUGUGCACACCAUCUGUCUUGUCACUUGUUACUCUGAAGGCGAAGAAGGCGUACGGACAACCUUGGAUUCCAUCGCUACCAGUGACUAUCCCAACACGCACAAGCUGAUUCUCGUGGUAUGCGAUGGAAUUAUUACGGGGCAUGGCAAUGGUCGUUCGACGCCGGAUAUUUGCGUGUCCAUGAUGCAGGAUUUUAUUAUCCCCGCCGACCAAGUGGAACCAUCGUCGUAUAUUGCAAUUGCCGAUGGCGCCAAACGCAACAACAUGGCCAAAGUGUACAGCGGAUUCUACAAAUACGACGAUGCCACGGUGGAGCCCGGUUCACAGCAACGUGUGCCUAUGGUGACCAUUGUCAAGUGCGGAACUCCGGAGGAAGCCAACGAAAGUAAACCAGGCAACCGCGGCAAACGUGACUCGCAAAUUAUUCUUAUGCAAUUCAUGCAGCGAGUGAUGUUUGACGAACGGAUGACAACCCUCGAUUAUCAGUUUUUCAACGGGAUUUGGCGGGUAGCUGGUAUACCUCCAGAUCGCUAUGAAAUUGUCUUGAUGGUAGAUGCAGAUACCAAAUUAUACACGGAUGCCUUAUCUCGCUUAAUAUCAUGCGCUGUGCGCGAUCCGGAAAUCUCGGGAUUGUGUGGUGAAACCAAAAUCGCCAACAAGACCGACAGCUGGGUGGCCAUGAUCCAAGUGUUCGAGUAUUAUAUUUCUCAUCAUCAAAGCAAGGCGUUUGAGUCUAUAUUUGGGGGUGUCACCUGCUUACCAGGAUGCUUUUGCAUGUAUCGGAUCAAGGCACCCAAAGGCCCCAAUGGGUUUUGGGUGCCGAUUCUGGCCAAUCCGGAUAUUGUGGAGCAUUACUCUGAAAACGUUGUGGACACGUUACACAAGAAGAACUUGCUAUUGCUCGGAGAAGACCGUUACCUGUCGACCCUCAUGUUACGCACUUUUCCCAAUCGAAAAAUGCUGUUUGUACCACAGGCAGUAUGCAAGACGGUGGUGCCUGAUACAUUCAAAGUACUGCUAUCUCAGCGACGACGAUGGAUCAAUUCGACGAUUCAUAAUUUAAUGGAAUUGUUAUUCGUGCAUGAUCUGUGCGGCACAUUUUGUUUUUCGAUGCAGUUUGUGGUGUUUAUGGAGUUGGUGGGGACGUUGGCUUUACCGGCGGCCAUUUCAUUUACAUUGUACCUGAUUGUGAUGGCGUUCCUCGGCCAACCGGCGGUGAUCCCAUUGAUUCUACUGGCCUUGAUUUUAGGCUUACCUGCGGUUUUGAUCGUGAUGACCAGUCGCAAGGUCAUUUAUGUGGGAUGGAUGAUCGUGUACCUCUUCAGUUUGCCGAUUUGGAACUUUGUGUUGCCGACGUAUGCCUACUGGCAUUUUGAUGAUUUUUCAUGGGGUGAUACGCGCAAAGUAGAAGGCGGCGAAAAGGAGACUGGCCACGGUGAUAAAGAAGGUGAAUUUGACAGCAGUCGUAUCGUCAUGAAGAAAUGGAGCGAUUAUGAAAAAGACCGCCGUAUUCGCCAAGCCAAGGAACGAAAUCUGCCUGUCCCGCGUUUCAGCCAUCGACGAGGAAGCGUGGAUAAUGGCGGGGGCCAUUAUCAUCAUCGUCUGAAAAACUCUGGAUCGGGGGGAUCCACCGAAACUGUGGCAACACCACUUCAGAAACCACCGCUGAUAGGAUCCAUGUUUCGUCCUGCGCCUCCACCCAAAGAUUACCUGUCCAAAUCCACUAGACAGGACUUUUAUUCACACACCACGAAACCUCUUCCACCGACUGUGAAAAGUGACAAAAUCCCUCUGGAAGCAAUCACAUUAUCGGAUUCGUCUUACCGGGAAAUUUCAUUCUCGUCACCAGGAUCCAAGUACAAUCUAGCAGCGCAGACUCGUCCUACGAUUCACGGUACAUAA